AUGCCGUCAAAAAACUCCAUUAACAGACCAAAGCAGCAGAUGAAUCUGAACCGUAAGGUGCAUUCGCUGGCCAAGAAAAGAGAUGCCAGAGAAAGAGCCGGUCUGCUGCAGCCCGCCAGGUCGCACGAGACCUCCAAAUCUGGUCAGCCUAAGUCUGUGCCGAUCGAUCUAUACAAGGGCGAACAGAGCUCUGCGGGACCCGUGACAACCAAGACUCUGUCAAAGAAGAGAGCCAAGAAGAUCGAGAGAAACAUGAGAUACGCCGAGCAAAGAAAAUUGCUGGUAGACGUGCAGAAGAAGGCCGAAGACGGGAUGGAGGUGGACGGCGAGGUCGCUGCGUCGAUUGCCGGCUCGGACGCCGCCAAGAAGUCGCAGUUCGCGAGAGUCAAGGACGCCUUCUUCCGCGCCAUGGAGGACACCGCUAGUUCGGGGCUGGUGCUGGAAAACGGUGCCGGAACCACGCUCGGGGGCCGCUUCUUCCCAUGA